CUGACAGACUGUCCUACAGACGGUAAGGUUAGGAGCUCAGGGUUCUGUGAUGUAUAAGAAAUGAAUAAGAUUUGAUGUGAUCUAUGUCGUCACAGAAUCGAGUGUCACCAGAGCCUGGGGCUGAGGAGGUUGGGGUCAGGUAUCGAGGUAGUGAGUCCUACCUCAUGGAGACUCGCUGCCCAGGAAGCAGCAUCACAGACAUCAGGGUCCCGAACUGCUCUCAGGGGAGCAGUAUCACAGAUGUACAUAUACCAUCAGCCCCUCAACAGGCCAACUACCUGGAACCUGGGCAGGAAUCAUUUCCACAACGCCGUGAAAAUGCCUGGGGAGACGAUUGCUACAAUGAUGAUUUGCAGAAGGAGACAAGUCAUCAAGGAAGUGUUUUGACAGUAAAUACUGACAACUCACAGAUUACAGCUAGCCAACCAGACAGUGGCUUUAUUGCAGAUCAUCAUUUUGACAGUUCUCAGAAGGAGGCUAAAAACCAAGACAACAAUUGGUCAGAGGGUCAUCAUAAGGAUAAUGAAGACGAGGUUCAUCGAGUUAGAAAUGCUUGGGCAGAUCCUUAUCCCUACAAGACUGAUCAUGUUGACAAUAGCAGUUCUGAAGGUCAUAAGGACAGCAAGCAGAAGGAGCGUGCAGGGCCAAGUUUGGCCUUUGCAGCUACCAAUGACAAUACUCAACCACUGACUGCCCUUCCUGAACAUUCUCGGACUGUGUCCAGUCACGAUGACAGCUCACGAAAAAAUACUGGUCAACAGAAAACUGCUCAAAAUUGGUUACCACGGAAACACAAAGAAGACAUACAGGACUGGGCAUAUGAUGAUAAUGUGCCAAUAAAGGACUUUCCUUUACCAAACAUAGAACGGCCAAAUGAUCGCAUUAUUGGAGGUAAGCACUCCCUUUUUUAA